CAGCUUGGGAGCCUAGGAGUUCUGGGGGGAGGGAAGUUGUCAAACGGAGGCCGAGGGAACUGAGGCGGAGGCCGCCGAGAAGCGAGGAGCCCCGCCCCUCCGCCAUAGCGGCCUCCCAGGGCCGCCUCUUCCGUUACAGCCUCCCGCCCUCCCCUGCCUUCCGGGCCUAGGCCGGGCCGGGCCUCGCCGGCCCCCUCGGGAGUAACCUCUGAGCCGUGGCCCCUUUGGGGAGAGGAGAUGCCCAAUCCCCUCUUGGGACUGUGUCCGAAAGGAAAGGGCUAGAACGGGCUUCGGACCCGCCUAGGCAGGCAGAAGGCGGCCCCUGCGUCGCGGCGGCCAUCAAGACCUCUGGUCCUAAGGACCCUGGGUCCGAACACACCACCACCACCCACCCCGCGCCCGCCCCCGAGGAUGUUAGUCUUACAGCCCAGGAUGUGAGCUACAAGUCGUCUGUGAUCGCUGGGUCUAGAGCUUGACUCUGGAGAAAGGAAAGGAAGAAUGGAAGCCUGGUGAAGAGGCAGAGAAGCCUGAGGGAGUUCAGCCCUGGCAGCAGCCCCCCUGAAUUCCUGGUGGUGAGAGGAUGUGGCCCCUGGACACAUCCCGGAAAGAGGUCCUGGGGUUUGCAGUCAGCUGCCGUGUCCUGACUCUGGUGCUGCAGGCUCUCUUCAAUGCCAUCAUCCCAGACCAUCAUGCGGAAGCCUUCUCACCUCCUCGCCUCGCCCCCUCCGGCUCUGUGGACCAACUUGUGGAAAGUCUCCUGGGUGGCCUGUCUCACUGGGAUGCUGAACACUUCCUGUUCAUUGCUGAGCAUGGCUACCUGUAUGAGCACAACUUUGCCUUCUUCCCCGGUUUCCCCCUGGUCCUGUUGGUGGGGACUGAAUUGCUGAGACCCCUGUGGGGGUUACUGAGCCUACGGAGUUGCCUGCUAAUCUCAGUAGCAUCGCUCAAUUCCUUGUUCUCCGUGCUGGCCGCACUUGCGCUUCAUGACCUGGGCUGUCUGGUUUUGCGCUGUCCCCGCCAGGCUUUUUAUGGAGCGCUGCUCUUCUGCCUCAGCCCCGCCAAUGUCUUCCUGGCGGCUGGCUACUCAGAAGCUUUGUUUGCCCUCCUGACAUUCAGCGCCCUGGGGCAGCUGGAAAGGGGCCGAAGCUGGACUAGUGGAAUCCUCUUUGCCCUUGCCACUGGUGUGCGCUCCAACGGGCUGGUCAACGUUGGCUUCCUCGUGCAUUCUCAGUGCCGAGGCUUUUUCUCUUCUCUCAUGGUGCGGAAUCCUCUGAGACGGCUCUUGAAGCUGAUGGGCUCUGUGUUCCUGUCAGUGCUCACACUUAGCCUUCCCUUUGCCCUCUUUCAAUAUUACGCCUAUACCCAGUUCUGUCUGCCAGGCCCAGCCUACCCCAUUCCUAAGCCCUUGCUGCAGUUAGCUGUGGACAAGGGCUACCGAAUCGUAGAGGGAAAUGAGCCGCCUUGGUGCUCCUGGGAUCUUCCCCUAAUAUACAGCUACAUCCAGGAUAUCUAUUGGAAUGUUGGCUUUUUGAGAUACUAUGAACUCAAGCAGGUGCCCAAUUUUCUACUGGCUGCGCCAGUGGCUAUACUGGUUGCCUGGGCAACUUGGACAUAUGUGACCGCCCAUCCUUGGCUCUGCCUUACACUUGGGAUGCAAAGGAGCAAGAACAGAGAGACCGCAGAGAAGCCUGAGCCUGGAUUCCUCAGUCCUCGGGUGUUCGUGUACCUGGUCCACGCUGCAGCGCUGCUGCUGUUUGGUGGUCUGUGCCUGCAUGUUCAGGUUCUCACCAGGUUUUUAUGCUCCUCCACUCCUAUUGUGUACUGGUUUUCAGCUCACUUGCUUCAAGAUCAAGAACCACUGCUGAGAUCCCUAGAGACUGUGCCUUGGAAGCCUCUUUCAGGGGACUCCCCACCAGGACAAAAGGUCCCCAGAAACUCUAUCAUGGGACUCUUGUACAACUGGAAAACUUGUUCUCUGGUCACACGGUGCAUUCUAGGCUACUUCCUGACUUACUGGCUCCUGGGACUACUCCUGCAUUGCAACUUCCUACCUUGGACAUGACCUGGAGACUUGGGGACAGGCUUGAAGCAGACUUAACCAGGGUCUGAAAGUACAAAUACAUGCUGGGGCUGCCUGUGCUGCCCUGGAACCCUUACUCUGCCCGUUAGAAUCUCUCUCUCCUUGAAGGUUGGUUAGGAGUGGGAGAAGUGUGAGCCUCUAGAGAGCACCUUCUGGUCCUGGCCAUGGCAGACUUUAGGGUAGUAACUGUUUUCUCUGUAAAUGAAGAAAUCUUAUUCCAGGUCUAAAGCGUACCUGGAUCUGUCUUGUCAAUCAACCAUAGCAGAGAUAGUCUUAAACUUACCACCUACCCACACGUAAAUUUAAAUGUAAAUUAUUUAAAUGUGAAUUUCAUCAAAGGCUCUAGCUGACAAGCUGGUCAUAGUCCACACAGUGAUGGCGGAGGCCUGGACAGUGUAGCCUAAGUACAAUGGGACCAUCUUUUCUAAAUGGGACAUUGUUUCUGAUUAUUUUUUUCAUGAUUUGUUCACUUAUUUAUAUGAAAAACCUUACAAAGAUACGCAAAUUAAACAACUUUUGAUUAUAUCUGCAAUUAAUUACCUUUUUAUUUUUUAAAUUAUUUUAUUUUAUUUUAUUGGCUGCACAGCUUGCGGGAGCUUUGUUCACUGACCAGGGAUUAAACCCGGUCCACAGCAGUGAAAGCACCGAGCUGGACCACCAGUGAAUUCCCAUAAAUUACCUUUUUAAAAAUAUAAUACAAAUUAAGGGCUGAGACCCUGCCACAUACUCUGCAUCCACACUUCAUUUGGAUAUUAAAGGUCAAUUGAGGCAAAAAAAAUUAAUACAAGUUACUUGGGGGAAAAAAGUCAUGGUAAGAAGAACAUUGCAUGAGGAGGCAGGAGGCCUGGAUUCUGGUCCUCUCAGUAAAGCCCCACUUAACAGCUGUGUGACCUUGGGAGAGUUUUCAGAGCCUUAGUUACCUCUUCUGAAACUAGGGGAAAAUUACAUUCUCCCACUGGAAAAAAUAUCCAGUUCUCCUCUUUUCAGCACUCUGAGGAGUAAUUUCAGUGACGUUUCCUCUGAAGGAGGAAGAGCAGUGACACUUGGCAAAUAAGGCUCCCCUGUCCUGUGUAAGUAAGCCUGCCCAGGGGCAACUAAAUGUUCAAUGUGUGAGCAGUGACUGGUUUUCCGGCCCUGCCCGAGUGCCUGUGCUUUCUUGAUUGGUAGGUAAGGGUCAGAUGAGCCAACACAGCAGCAGGAAUUGAUAAAUUGUAGGUAAGUCCAGGGUUGAAUGAAAUGGUAUCUUCCUGGCCCCCAUUUGGUAAUGGGCUUGACUCUAUAAUUGUAGUAAAAUCUUGACCCCUGCUGAGCUAUUUUUUCUCAUUCUUUGAGCCAGGUAAGAGGCUCUGCAUCAUCACCACUCUUUCCCCAUUUGAGCCAAAAAUUCCAACAAGCAGAAACUUCGAAAUAGAUGGAUUGACACGCUCCCUCUGACCAUGACUGCAAGUUAAACUUGCCAGCUGAAGGGAAGCUCCUGGCUGAGCCCCAGCACCCUCUAUUGGAGCUCCUAGUCAGCCUGGCCAAUAAGCAUUUCCCAUCCAUCGCCCCAGCUUUAGCACAGCUGAGAGAAUUUGGUCCAGAGUCAAAUGCUUCUGAAAAUGUACACACAGAUCGGGACAGCCCUCUGCCUUCUGCCAAGACACCCGAGUGCCCUUCUUGGCAAAAGAUGAUCACCCCUGCCCUAGUGUCCCUUCAGUUGGCAGAAACUGUUCCCUCCCUCCUCACCCACAGCUGCAAAUCUGGGGACUUCCACCCUGUGUGCAGGGAGCGUUGAGGGCCUGAUUCAGCUCUUUAUUGCAGAGGUAGGAGUACUAGAUUGUUUGCUCUCAUGGAUUGACCUCUUUGCCUCUUUUGGGGGGGAUAAUCAGAACUGAUUGUUUCCCUACUGGAAGAGGUGACUCAAACUCCGCAGGGUAGGGGAUGAUUUCACUGCUUUGGCAGUCUCAGCUUAACGUUCACACUAGACCUCGUCACCCCCAGAAACAAGUGAUUUCAAGGACCGGAAACCCUAUAAAUGCGAACCUCUCAUUUCUCAACUAAUACCAAGGAACUAAAUCACUCUGGUAUUUUGCAAAGACCAUUCUGGUUACAGCCGAUCAUAGAGGAGUUAAGUGAGGACCCCAGCUAGGUGGACGUACCUGGUGUGACCUGGAGAUGGACACAGUUUUCUCUCUGACCUUGGAGGGAUCUAGUUCUCUAAGGAGCUAAGGAAUGGGCUGAUUUUAUGGCCAGCAGCUGUCCUUUUACUAUCCUAUUAACAGUCUUUAAUAGCCUUCAAGAGGGAUAUGAAGGGCCCAAGGCAGGAAGCUUCCUGUUUACCCUGAGGUCUAACAAUGCUGCAGCUGGGUUGGGCGUCUACAAUUUCAGAGAAAAGUCAUUUCCUUCUGAGACCCAGCUAAAACAGAAACCAGACGCUUUAUGUACCUAGAAGUAGAUGCUUUUUUGUUCUUUAAUGAAGGUGGGAGGAGAGGGAACGUUUGACAUGGCUUUACCAGUCCCCCUGAAAAAAAAAAAUCACUUUUCUUGAACAGACCCUCUCACCCUCCUCCAAAAAAUGUAGUGUGUGCAGGCUCAUGGGAUUUGCAACUGAUUGAUUCUUUCAGCAAUUGUUUGGUAUUGCCUGUUUUAGGGGACUAAAGAAGACUCGCCCUGCUUCCUGUCCUCAAAUAGCUGCCUGAUAGAGUUUCUAGCAGAAACACAGGAACGUUAAUCAAGGAAAAAACUAAUAAAUUCUGGGGAAUGAAGAGAUACUUAAACUUCUUGCUCAGUAUUCUCUACUUGAACUUUUUAUGCUGAGGAUGAAUUAAAAUUUUACUUGUAUGCUUGGGAAAAGGUAAGUGUGGUACAGAGUAAGUUCUCUGUAAAUUCACACAAGAUGGAGAUCCCUCCCAGCUUGGAAUACUUGAAAAGACUUUGUAGGGAAUGGCCUUUGAGUUGGACUUUGAAGGACAGUAGGAUUUGAAGUUAAGGGCAGAGAAUGAGUAUAGGAAGCAGGAAACAGAACAGGACAGGGAGAGCUCAGUUUGAGUGGAACUGAGGUAUUGUCAUUGUUGUCUAAGCAUUGAAAUCAGCCCCAAGCCCAGCUCCACUGUGUACUAGCUGUGUAAAGGUGAGCCAGAUACUGAAUCUCUAGGCCUCUGUUCACUCAUCUGUAAAACAUGGAUAACACUAUCUACCUCAUAGAUAUGAAUAAUAAUAUUAUCUAUCUCAGAGUUAUGUGAGUUAAAUGAAAAAUGUUUAGAAUAGUACUAACAAAAGAAUAGCUGCAUUUUGGACGUGUUGAGUUUACAAUGCCAUCAGCACAUUCAUAUGCCAGGAAAUGUGGACCAGGAGACAAGGAGAGGGGUCAGGGAGCAAUCCACACAGACAUGAUAAUUAUAGCAGCCAUGAUAUUGGAUGAGAUUGUCAAAAAGAAAAAAUGUAGAGAGAGAAGGAGGGCCUGUAAAACCUUGGGCAAGUGACUCAACUUCUCUAAACCUGUUUUCUCAUCUCUAAAAUGGGGGUGACAUCACUUACCACACAGAGUAGUUAUGAAGAUUAAAUGAGAUAAAGCACUAGAUAAAGCACUAGCAUAGCACGUAGCACAUAGUAAGAACUUAAUGAAUGGUAGCUAUUUUUUAUCAUCAUCAUCGUCAUCAUUGUUAUCGUCGUCAUUAAAAAACCAGGAACAAAUAUUAUCUGCUGUACACAACAUUGUAAA